GGAGUCGGGGAGCGGGGCCAGGGGAGCAGCAGCGUUGAAAUCGGCUGGGGGAGCCGGAGGGAGCUGAGCGGGAGCUGAGCGGAACCUGCGGGGGCGGAGGCGGCGGCCGCAGCGGCAGAGCUGGGAGCAGAAACAGGAUCAAGUCCUCCAUACCAGGGACCAGGUCAGAACCAGACUGCCACUGCUGCCACUUGGGCCCUACUGUCUUCAGAAAGCAGCUGCUGUGAUCAUGGGUAAUAUCUUUGGAAACCUUCUCAAGAGCCUGAUUGGGAAGAAGGAGAUGCGCAUCCUGAUGGUGGGCCUGGAUGCUGCAGGAAAGACCACAAUCCUGUAUAAGCUGAAACUGGGGGAGAUCGUCACAACCAUCCCCACCAUUGGGUUCAAUGUGGAGACAGUGGAGUACAAGAACAUCAGCUUCACAGUUUGGGAUGUGGGUGGCCAGGACAAGAUUCGGCCUCUCUGGAGACACUACUUCCAGAACACCCAAGGGUUGAUAUUUGUGGUCGACAGCAAUGAUCGAGAGCAAGUAAAUGAGGCCCGGGAGGAGCUGAUGAGGAUGCUGGCAGAAGAUGAGCUUCAGGAUGCUGUGCUCCUUGUCUUUGCAAACAAACAGGAUUUGCCUAAUGCUAUGAAUGCUGCUGAGAUCACAGACAAGUUGGGCCUGCAUUCCCUGUGUCAUCGCAACUGGUAUAUUCAGGCCACCUGUGCCACCAGUGGGGACGGGCUGUAUGAAGGCCUGGACUGGCUGGCCAAUCAGCUCAAAAACAAGAAGUGAGAGCCAGGCAGCUCUAUCUGACCACCCCCACCACUCCUAAUAUAUCUACUGUCUCCCUGCCCAGCUCUACCCCUUCCUUCCCGUUGCCAGUGUGGCCAGGGCCCUGGGUAUCAUGUCCGCAUGCCCAAUUAGAGCCUUAUCUCUCCUGCCUCCCUUUCUUUCCCCUGUCCAUGACCAGUCCCCAAUUGCUGUCCUUAUGAUGAAUCAUUCCAAUUUAUCAGAUUUAAAACAAAACAAACAAAAAAAA